GAUUGUUUUUGUAGCUAUCGGGUGGAUGCAUUUUAGUCCAUGCUCUCCCCAGACCCAUUUUAAGUGUAACGGUUUACAUUCAUGCUCAGACUGUUGCUGUCUCGCUCGUUGUUUCAGGUGCCGGGGACCUGUAUGCAGAACGGCGUGAUCUGGUCAACAGCAGAGAGGUGCAACAGCAUGCGUGCGGCCGGUACAGCACUUCUGAGACGAGGUCGUGAACACACCUACGUCUCUGGGCCUUCUUCCGUGGAGAUGCGAGCAAGGUGUGCCGCGGCAAGAUCGUGGACGACUUUCCACAUAUGGCUGCCAGCCCGCGAGAGUAGUGGAUGGCGUCACUUUCCUGCGAGGACUUCAACACUUUGUGAGCGUGCGUACAUACGAGAGCCAGACGCCCCGUGCUGAAGCCUACUUCUGACCUUGACUCUCGGAUCACCACGUCGCUGCCCUCGCCGCCGUUAACGAGCCCAUCUCAUGAACGUUCUUGUUCCCGCAUCACCUGCCGACGCCCUUCUGUUCUCUACUGCACGUCGCUGGCCCCGACCUUAGAAGUCACCUGUACGACCUUCUUUCCUUCUCGUCAGCAAGAACCGAGACUCCCGGCAUCACUGCCGUCGAGACUUAGUCUUCAGCUCCCCCACUACAGCCAGAUCGAGGACGAUCCUGGUUACGUGGCCGAGCGAUUUAAUGACCUCUCCCCCUCUACUCACCCUCGACUUGCCACGGUACCCAGCACUCUACUGGCCAUCGCCUCUGCCAACUGUGACCUGCGCCCAGAACAGAACGACAUUGACGAAGUGCCCCCAGAGCAAGCGAUUCCGAUCCUUACCGUCGAUCACUUUUUAACUACAUGUGAACCUAUAUCUUGACUAUACUCAAAAUGUUUGUUAGAAAAUCCUUAUUCUGUAUCACUAAGUUUGUAAUCAUUAUUAUUGACGAUACUAUAGCUACCAAAUGUUCACGAUUUAAUUGUACUGACAUAUCCAGUGUCCCCUUCCGAACAUGUGACCGCAGGAACCUAACAGUGCCAUAGAACAGAAAAUCUGUGAACAUCGGUUCGGUCACCACCUCCAGCUCACACAGUCUACAACGGGCGGGCAUGGCAUGGAUCCUCCCUGGGCGCCUCUGCCUUGCCUGUUCUCUGUAGUCCAGCUAACGCACUCCCGUGCUAAUAAAGUAUCGGAACUG